AUGAUUAAAUUCGGACAUUUCGAUGUCUUAUGUUAUAGAGCUGUACUUCCUAUAUGUAAUUUAUUCAAUAAAACAAAUGCGACUCAAUAUAGACUAGAGGGCUUCUCGGUUGGAGAUACGCAGAUAACAAACCUAGGCGAUGCAUUGGUAGCAUUCUUCGCCUUAGUAUUCACAAUAUACAUCAUAUUGAGAACACAUAUCAAAUAUGCGGCAGUAGGGCGACUGGAAAUGAUCGUUCUGUUUGCCGUCUACAUCUUGCUAUUAAUAACACAGAUCGUAACAACAUCCGGUCUGCUUUUAAAAGACGUUGUGGUUUUAAAGUGGUUUACUGCCAUACAGCUGGGCUUAAUAUCAACACUGGCAUGGCUAUUAUUAAUGAAUGCGAUUGUAGGGUUUCAGACAAUAGAAGAUGGAACAGUAUUCUCGGUCGGCGGGAUUUUGAUGGGCGCAAUGCUAAUAUUCGUGGCUGUUGGAUACAUUGCCAUAGACACAGCAUUUAAUCUGACUGGUGCAUUCGCGACAAGUUCUUCCGAGUUAAAAAACAUACCAUUAUUUGUACUUUACUUAAUAUGGCCGCUGUUCGCAGUGGUUACCUAUGUUGUAUUAGAGACGGCAUUAGUCCUCACAAUGUUGGGUGAACGAAAGCCAUUAUUGCUCUUAUACGCGUCGUUCUUGUGUUUCGCAAUCGGACAAGUAUUUAUGUUUGUCAUUAGCAAAUACAUAAUGGACGGCACGUCAGGGAAAAUAGACGGUUCGAUGUUUGCAACAUUAUUUGUAUUUUUAUCCAUAUUCCUAGUAUUUUAUUACUGGUCGAGCAUCACAGAAGACGAUUAUGAAGAUUAUGAGUUCUAA